ACUCUCCUCAUGCCCUACCUCCAUUCACAGAACCAGAGCUCCGAAACCCAGAAUCUCACCACUCUCAAACCCACACUCUUCCACCAAAACAACACCGACCCAUCACCGGAAAAAUGCUGCGCCUCGCAAAGCUGAAGCCUUUUUUACAUUCAACGCAGUCACCAUGUUCUGGGCAGCAACUCAUCCAACGGUGCUCGGUGAGCGGCACGGCGAAAGGGAAGGCCAAGAUCAAAGCAGGAGCGCUGAAACGAUCCCGCAUCACCACGAAGAAAGGAUCCGAACCCUCUUCCGGACCUCCGGUCGGGUCCCGCGAGAGGCAAGAGCGUGAGCUUCUCUAUGAGAGAUGUCUUAAUGCACCAACCCCGGUUCGGUAUCUCACGCCGAAGCAGAAGAAGAGAGAAGCGGAGAGGGAGAAAAUGGGGCUCAUUAGUAAGGAGAGGCAGCGGGAACUUGAUAUGAUGAAGAAGAAGGUCUUCAACAAGUAUAAGGUUCCGGAGAAACCGACGAUUAUUGGGACACCUGGGUUGGACUAUGUGACGUUGGGGUUGGUGGAUGUGGAGAAGUUGCCCAAGUACGAGUUGACGGUGGAGGAUGGGAGGAGGUUGGCGAAGGAGUAUAGCAGGGUGCUGAUGAGGAAGACCAGGGCUAGACAGGCUGCAGAAACGAACCUUUUGAGGAUGAAGAAGGAGGCGAUUGAGGCCUUGCCUCCACAUUUGAAGGAGGCUGCUUUGGUCCCUGACUUGGCUCCGUUUCCUGCCAACCGUUUUAUGGCCACUCUCACGCCUCCCAUUCCGGGUUACAUUGACAAGAUCAGGGAAGCAGCUAACAAGAUCAGUGGAAGGGAGAAGAUUAGAUAGAAUGAUCACAGGUUCACAUUCAAGUGGGCAGUGGACGGAGAGCUAUGAUGGACCUUGGGUUUCUUUGGCAGUGUCUGUUAUGUGGACCUUCCAGAGCAGUAAAAAUUGUUCUGCAGAAUCAUAAUUUAGAGGAAUAGGUUCUUGAAUGUCAAUUUUUCUGUGUUCCUUUUGAUAGUAAUGAUGUGAAAUUGUGAAUGGCUAAUAAAUUUGCAUGCCUUAAUCUUUGAUGGCCAUUAUUUUGUAUGAUUCUGAAGUGCUUCAUCAAUUUUAAUGCUUGUAUCUCAAGUCUUUGAUAUUUACAAAAUUUGUAUUUGGCCUGGCUA